GCGACUAAUUAAAGGAGAAAAAAGGGAAGCCAUCUUUGCGCAACGGCGGAUCGUCGCCGGAAUCGUGUCCCUGUGCCCUGCCGGAGAAAUCUAGGUUUCCGGUGACGGAUCGGAGAAUGGGAUCCUCCGAGAACCCCAAUUGGUUCCUGGAUUGCUCCCUGAUCGAUGACAUCCCCCACGCGGGGGGCGAUUUCGCGGCGAACGAUGUUGGCGGGCUCUGCUGGCCCCCUCAGGGCUUCAACACCUCUUCCGGUGUUAGUGUGGAUAUUGAUAGCCCGUUUGUAAAUUCUGAUGGACUCAAGGAACCCGGCUCUGCAAAACGUGUCAGAUCAGAAUCCUGCAGUAGACCUGCCUCUAAAGCUUGUAGGGAGAAGAUGAGAAGGGAAAAGUUAAAUGAUAGGUUCAUGGAACUCAGCUCUCUCCUUGAUCCUGGGAAUCCACCAAAGACAGACAAAGCAGCUAUUUUAAGUGACGCUGCUCGUGUGGUGAUUCAGUUACGAAACGAAGCACAGAAGCUAAAAGAUUCAAAUGAAAGUCUCCAGGAAAAGAUAAAAGAACUGAAGGCCGAGAAGAAUGAGCUUCGCGAGGAGAAGCAGAAGCUGAAGGCAGAGAAGGAGAGUUUGGAGCAGCAAGUAAAGCUCUUGAAUGCAAGACCGAGCUUUGUACCUCAGCCACCGCUGGUUCCAAGCCUCUUCCCAGCCCAAGGGCAGGCUGCCGGACACAAGCUCAUGGUUCCUGUCGUCGGCUACCCCAGCUUUCCCAUGUGGCAAUUCAUGCCCCCCGCCGAUGUCGAUACGUCGCAGGAUGCAGAUAAAUGUCCACCUGUUGCAUAAGCAACCUGGAAAUCGAGCUGCAGAAUGGAUAUAUGUUGCUGAUGCUACUUGUUCUGGGCUGAUUUCAUGUUUAGUUUCUUAAGAUAGAUUUCCUAGACCUUAUUUGCUUCAACGGAAGGCUUGUCUGAAAAUAGUUAUAGUUGUCAGGGAUCAGUUACCUGGUUUAAAUGCCUUUGUGUUGUUGUAGGUUACGAAUAAGAUUUGUCUCUGUAAACUACGUAGUUUAUAAGAUUAAUUAUGCUCAUGUUCUAUUGUGGAAAA